AUGCAGAAAAUUUUAGCUAGAAACAUUACCUCAGUAGCAAUGGCUUUAGAUGCCAUAAUAGGACUGGCUGUACUUUUCUUUGUUCCAUAUACUGAGAUUGAUUGGGUAGCUUAUAUGCAGCAAGUUGAGACAUUCUUAGAUGGUGAGCGUACUUAUACAAACUUAGUGGUAAUUAAGCACUUAAAUUUAGCUUAUCUUUAGGGAUAAACUGGGCCUUGCGUAUAUCCAGCAGGCCACAUCUACAUAUUUUCCUUACUUUACGCUCUAACUGAUAACGGCAAAAAUGUCUUUGUAAUACCUUAUAUCCAUCUAAUGAUAAUUUAGAGAGCUUAACUCCUUUUUUAUUGUCUUUACCUAUUCCAGCUGUAUGCCUUGAUUAGCAUCUAUAAAUUAGCUUUCAAAGAUAGAGAACUGACUUACAAGGAAAUUAUUACAAUCUUAUUCUUAGUUUUGUCCAGAAGAAUUCAUUCAAUCUUCAUUCUAAGAUGCUUUAACGAUUGCAUAUCAAUGACUUUUAUGUACUUAGCAGUUUACUAUUUACAAAGAUCUUAAACUGUUCCAUCUAUUCUAUUCUUCUCAUUAGGACUUUCAGUCAAAAUGAAUGUGCUACUAUUCUUACCAGCACUUCUCAUGAAUUUGAAUUUCCAUUUUGGACUUUUGAACACUUUUAAAAACCUUCUAUAUGUGAUUCUAUUCCAAAUAUUUAUUGGCUAUCCUUUUAUUGCUCAUAAUGCUUCUGCUUAUUUUGGAAGAGCUUUUGAAUUCAGCAGAGUGUUUACGUUUAAGUGGUCUGUUAAUUGCGUGAACUUCAUCCUUACUAUGUAGCAUAAAGCAUGUUCACUUGCAACUAUAUUGGAAUAGUAUGUGCUAGAAGUCUACACUUCUAAUUUUACAGCUGGUAUUUUCAUCAACUCCCCCUUAUAUUACACUCUAUUGAAGGACUGCCCAUUGCGAUUAGUGUGCUGGAACAUAUUCCCUGCAAGAAGUAUUUCAUCCUUUGUUCUUUUUAUCGUUCAUGUCGUAAUCCUAUCUGGGUAAUUGCUUUUUGGCAAGAGAUGGGAAUCUCCAUACUAGAUUGCUCCUAUAAGAGUUAAAAAUCCAAUUAAGUUUGAUUGA